CGUUUGGGAUGCAGCCCGUGAGCGGGUCUUUCCUGCCCAGAGAUAAAUAGAGAGCUCGGUUGGGAAGAAAAACCUGAAGUAAUUAUGUUGGAGUUUUGAUGUGUUGUUCCUCGGGAAUGGUGGGGAUGGUUUUAAAGGGGUUUUUAACACCUUUUUUUUGGUCUUCAGGCGUUGUUUUUGUGCUCCUGGAGACUGCACGGAGAGUUUUGUUUGCGUUCGUCGGGCUUGCGCUUCCCCUCAGAGCGGGCUGUGCUGUAGGACGCGGCUCUGCUGCCUCACACACCGAACUGGACUAAAAUGUCGGAUACGAAGGUAAAAGUCGCUGUCCGAGUCCGGCCCAUGAACCGCAGGGAGAUUGAGCUCAGCACCAAAUGUGUGGUGGAAAUGGAGGAGAACCAGACCAUCCUGCAGCCUCCACCUUCCAACACAAAGGGAGAAAGCAGGAAGCAGCCGAAGGUGUUCGCCUUCGACCACUGUUUCUGGUCCAUGGAUGAGUCCAACAUCCCCAAAUAUGCAGGUCAGGAGGUGGUCUUCAGGUGUUUGGGUGAGGGGAUACUGGAGAACGCCUUUCAGGGAUACAACGCCUGCAUAUUCGCCUACGGACAAACAGGCUCGGGGAAGUCGUACUCCAUGAUGGGGAGUGUUGAUCAGCCUGGUUUAAUCCCGCGUCUGUGCUGCUCGCUGUUUGAGAGAGUCGGCCGCGAGCAGAGCGACUCCCACACCUUUAAGGUGGAAGUUUCCUACAUGGAGAUCUACAAUGAGAAAGUGAGAGACCUCCUGGACCCCAAAGGCAGUCGUCAGUCUCUAAAGGUGAGGGAACACAAGGUUCUGGGUCCAUAUGUAGACGGUUUGUCCCAGCUGGCUGUAACGAGCUUCCAGGAUAUCGAGUGUGUGAUGUCAGAGGGUAAUAAGUCUCGUACAGUCGCUGCUACGAACAUGAAUGAAGAGAGCAGCCGAUCUCAUGCUGUCUUCAGCAUCAUCAUCACACAGACACUUUACGACCUGCAGUCUGGGAAUUCAGGUGAGAAGGUGAGUAAGGUGAGUCUGGUGGAUCUGGCUGGCAGCGAGCGUGUGUCUAAAACUGGAGCAGCAGGUGAAAGGCUGAAGGAGGGCAGCAACAUCAACAGAUCUCUGACCACUCUGGGCUGUGUGAUCUCGGCUCUGGCGGAUCAGUCAGCAGGAAAAGGAAAAAACAAGUUUGUCCCGUACAGAGACUCGGUGCUCACCUGGCUGCUGAAGGAUAAUCUGGGCGGGAACAGUAAGACGGCCAUGAUCGCCACGGUGAGUCCGGCGGCGGAUAAUUACGAGGAGACGUUGUCCACGCUGCGCUACGCAGACCGCGCCAAGAGGAUCGUCAAUCACGCUGUGGUAAACGAGGACCCCAACGCUCGCAUCAUCAGGGAACUGAGAGAGGAAGUGGAGAAGCUGAGGGAGCAGCUCACUCAGGCCGAGUCUUUGAAAGCCCCGGAGCUGCAGGAGAAGCUGCAGGAAUCAGAGAAGCUUAUCCAAGAGAUGACCGUCACCUGGGAGGAGAAACUCAGGAAGACCGAGGAGAUCGCACAGGAGAGACAGAAGCAGCUGGAGAGUAUGGGAAUCUCUCUGGAGUCCUCAGGGAUUAAGGUUGGAGAGGAUAAAUGUUUCCUGGUCAACCUGAACGCUGACCCCGCCCUUAACGAGCUGCUCGUUUAUUAUCUGAAGGAGCACACCCGUGUGGGAGCAGACACGUCUCAGGACAUCCAGCUGUUUGGUAUUGGGAUUCAGCCAGAGCAUUGCAUCAUUGAUAUCGCUCCCGACGGAGACGUCACACUCAGUCCUGUAGAGAACGCUAGAACAUGUGUGAAUGGGACUACAGUUUACUCAGCGGUUCAUCUUUGGCACGGAGAUCGCAUCUUAUGGGGCAAUAAUCACUUUUUCAGAGCGAACCUGCCAAAGCGUAAGCGCCGUGACCGUUUGAAGGACUUGGAGCGCGAGUCUCCCCGCUCGAGUUUCAUCGACGUGGACGUGGAGACGGCGAGCGAGGCUUCGUCUGAGCAGGACUACAGCUACGAGUUCGCUCAGAUGGAGGUCAUGAUGAAAACUCUGGGGAGUAACGAUCCAAUCCAGAAUGUGGUUCAGGUACUGGAGAAGCAGUAUCUGGAGGAGAAGCGCUCAGCGUUAGAGGAGCAGCGUCUGCGUUACGAGCGAGAGCUCGAGCUCCUCCGUCAGCAGCUUUCUCCGGAAAGAUCGUCCCAGCACCACCAGCGCAGCAACAGCGACCGCCUCACCUUCCCUACACACACGACACACACCAAGAUGCGCCUGUGGACCGAGGAGAGGGAUGAGCUGUUCCGGCAGAGUUUGUCUCGGCUGCGAGAGCAGGUGAUUCGCGCUAACACACUUGUCCGAGAAGCUGACUUCCUGUCGGAGGAGAUGGGCAAACACACGGACUACCAGGUGACGUUGCAGAUCCCUGCUGCGCACCUGAGCGCCAAUCGCAAGCGAGGAGCAAUCGUGAGCGAGCCUGCCAUCCAGGUGCGUCGCAAAGGUAAAGGCACGCAGGUCUGGACCAUCGAGAAGCUGGAGAACAAACUGGUGGACAUGAGGGAUCAGUACAGGGACUGGAAGGACGGAGGACGGGACACGCCUGCUAAGCAGCACAGCAAGCAGGCCGACCCGUUCUACGAAGCUCAGGAGAACCACAACCUGAUCGGCGUAGCCAACGUUUUUCUGGAGUGCCUCUUUCAUGAUGUCAAGCUUCAGUAUGCAGUUCCCAUCAUCAGCCAGCAGGGGGAGGUGGCGGGCCGGCUGCACGUGGAGCUGAUGCGAGUGUGUGGGGCGGUGCCUGAGCGGCUGGUGGGCGGAGACGACUCAUCUGAGAAUUCGAGUGAGAGCAGCAGCUACGAGGUGAUGGACAACAACGGAGAGAUCGUCCACAUGGCCAAGAAACUCACCUGCAGGGUCCGGGUCCGUAAGGCAACCGGUUUGCCGCUCAACCUAUCCAACUUUGUUUUCUGCCAGUACACAUUCUGGGAACAGGCGGAGCCUGCUGUGGCCCCACCCAUGGUCAGCCCAGACACGCCCACCUCUCGUACUGGGGAUGCACAGUUUACUGUAUUGUUUGAUCACUGCAAGGAUUAUGUGGUUCAUGUUUCUGAUGAGUUUGUGGAGUUUAUCUCAGAUGGAGCAUUGGCCAUUGAAGUGUGGGGGCAUCGCUGUGCUGGGAACGGACACGCCCACUGGGAGCUAAACACACUGCAGGCCAAGACACGCACACUCCGGGACAGGUGGAGCGAAGUGUCACGCAGGAUUGAGUUGUGGGUGUCGAUACAGGAGCUGAAUGAGCAGGGUGUGUACUCGGCUGUGGAGCUUCACCCCAACAGAGACAUCAGCACCGGGGGAGUGUUCCAGCUGCGACAGGGUCACUCUCGGAGGCUGCAGGUGUGUGUGAAGCCGGUGCAGCACUCAGGGACGUUGCCGCUGUUAGUGGAGGCCGUUCUGUCCGUCUCCAUCGGCUGUGUGUCUGCUCGAUCUACUAAACUCCAGAGAGCCCUCGACAGCUACCAGAGGGAGCAGGAUGACGAUAUGGAUAGUUAUCAGGAAGAGGAUCUGAACUGUGUGCGUGAGCGCUGGUCUGAGGCGCUCAUCAAACGUCGCGAGUAUCUGGACGAACAGUUAAAAAAGAUCAUGAACAAAUCUGAGAAGUCUGAGGAGGAUAUGGAGAGGGAGGCGCGGUUGGUGGAGCAGUGGGUGGGGCUAACUGAGGAGCAAAACACUGUCUUGGUCCCAGCUCCUGGUAGUGGCAUCCCAGGAGCUCCUGCUCAGUGGGUGCCCCCUUCAGGCAUGGAGGCUCACGUCCCUGUUUUGUUUCUGGACCUGAAUGCUGAUAAUCUGACAGUGAGCGAACAGCUGACGGGGUCACACUCUGCCGGGGUCAACUCCAUCCUCCCUAAAGAACACGGCAGCCAGUUCUUCUACCUUCCCAUCAUCAAGCACAGCGAUGACGAGGUGUGUGUGACGUGCUCUUGGGAUUCAUCUAUUCAUGACUCCAUCUACCUGAACCGUGUAACGGCGCCCGGUGAACGCAUCUACCUGAUUAUCAAAGCCACAGUGCAGCUCAGCCACCCGGCCAGCAUUGAGCUCGUCCUGCGCAAGAGGAUUGCCGUCAACAUCUACAACAAACAGAGUUUCACACAGAGUCUGAAGAGGAGAAUGUCUCUGAAAAACAUGCUACACUCCUGUGGAGUUACCUAUGAAAUUGUCUCCAACAUACCAAAGGCAUCUGAGGAGCCAGAGGAGCGGGAGACACUGGCGUUAAUGGCAGCACGUAGUGAAGCUGAGGAGACGCAGGAUGGAGAGACGUACAUUGAGAAAUACACUAGAGGAGUUCUGGAGGUGGCGAAUAUCCUGUGCCUCGAGAGACUGCGACAGGCAGUGACGGUGAAAGAAGCGCUCUCCGUUAAAAGCAGACACAUAAGGAGAAGCCUGAGUACUCCCAAUGUCCAGCAUACCUCAUGUUGUAAGUCAGAUGUGAUGGCGUGUGGUGAAAAUGGCGAAGACCCGAAAGGUCACUGUGAGGUUCAGCAGGACGCCUCGGACUUCGCUCAUCACGAGAUGCCGGUCUCCAUGGCAACCACAAAAGACACACCUCUCAAAAGCAAGGAAAGUCAUGCCUCGGUUCCGGAGAGUCCCACGUUCUUCAACUCGAGUCCGUUUAAAGCGCUCUCACCUCAGCCACCCAAGUUCCUCAAAUCACUGAUGCCUGUUUGGGAGGAAAGGAAAGCCAAGCGUGCGCUAGAGGCCCGGCCUCUGCUGGGGCAGGAGAGCAUGCGCUGGUUAGUGGCUCAGGGUGGCCCCUGGCUCCGCCCACGGGCUCGGAGUGAGGGCCACUGCAGCACGACAAACCACACCCACCUCAGAGUCACACCUACACACACUGCUGACUCGGAAGAGGAGGAGCCUGAGCUGGAUAACUGCGCUGUUCCCACCUCUGUUUCUCUCCGUCACUUCGGAACAUACAUCCCUGAGGACUUCGCCAACUUCGAGGUGUACAACGCCAGCCUGUGCGGGGGCGGAGGCUUGCCAUCAGGUGUGGCCUCGUUGCCUGGAAACCGAGGGGUUGAGAAGGAAGUGUCUCGCAGUCCCACCGCGAGCAGCUGUACGAGUGGAUAUUUCUCGCACAGCACCUCCAACGCUACGCUUUCAGAUGCGCCGUUCUCAGGCAGCGAGAGUUCGGAUCGUCUCAGCGUCGGCUCCAGAGACGCCACCGAGCUCCAGGAGUAUGCGAGAAACUCCCUGGCUGCUAAAAGUGCCUUAAACGAGGCUGCUCACAUCCGCUCCUCAUCUUCUCACUCAAACACCAGUCAGGAGUUCACAGACUUCAAAGGCGCCGGGGACGAAAUCGGAGAAGACGAACUCAAGCACUUUGACUGGCACACGGAAGCAGAACGUGCUGAAAUUUCUCCAAAACAUCCAACGCAUGUGAGCACUGGCGUCCUAACAGCACCAUGCCACCUCCACAAUGGCAACAAGGCUCCGCCCUCGUCCUCAUCCUCACCCGGCACACCCCCUCACCCCACUGCAGUAGAGGACACAGCACGUAGAAACGGAGCCAGGAUAAGCCCCGCCCCUUCGAGUGAGGACGAGGAGGGUGUGCCGGUGACCCAGCUGCCUGACUGGAUGGCACCUGGAGAGCAGGUGUGGGUGGGCACACGGAGUGGCACAGUGCACUAUGUAGGCGGAGUCGAGUUCGCCCAGGGGAUAUGGGUAGGAGUGGAGCUGGACCGUGCUGUAGGUAAACACAACGGCACGGUGCAGGGGCGAGUGUAUUUCCGCUGCGCCACGGGCCACGGCGUGUUCGUGCGUCCGGCCUGGCUCAGUAGAUCUCCCGUCUCCAUGGACACCGACCCACAUCUCCAACCUGUACUGCUGUAGGGAAGACACGCCCAACUUAUUAUGGGAUGGUUUCGGUUCAGAGCCGAUAUGAAACAGGCUGUGUGCCGAUAUUUAAUAUCGUCUCAUGAUGAUUUUAUCAGGAUAAAAACAAUUCACAAUAAGGACAUAAACGCACCGCUGGAUUUUUAUUCAUCCGUCAUAAGAGAGCUUCCUUCCUAAAACAGGGACGAUCAUAACAGUAUAGUGUGUUAAAUAUCGCAAUAUAUCGUAUAACUGAUUAUCGGCACAUACCUAACGUAGACUUCUCUCUCUUUCUCACGUUCUCUCUUUCUCUUUUUAUUUCCCUGUGUAUUUUAUUUGAGACUAUACGACUAUUUAAAAAAAAAAAAAAGAUCCCUCUUUGAAUGUCAAAUGCACCGUUGCACAAAUUCUCCCUCAUAAUACCUUAUCGAUGAUUUUUAAGCUCGAACUUAACUUCAAGCCAGCUUCCGUUUUAUGCCUUAUUUGACCACUUUGACUGAACACGGCUGAGUGAUGAUGAAAUUCAGCUUUGGGCGGGGCUAAAAUCUGGAACGUCAGGUGAAGUUGAGAAAGUACUACUGUUUAUUGACGUGAUUAUAUCAGGUGUUACCAAAGACGCUUCCAAUUUGCUGUUUAAAACUGAAACCUUUGUGUUCUUGUGUGUGUGUGUGUGUGUGUGUGUGUGUGUGUGUGUGUGUGUGUGUGUGUGUGUGUUAGACAUGUGCCAGUAUGAUUGUAAAAUCACGAUAAUCUCACCGUAUUUUUUUUCAUCUUUACUCUCGAGACGAUUUUUACGAAUUGUCUCGACACGCUGACUCGUGCAACGACGUGCUUCGUUAGAUUUGUUUUUUACAUAAAAUAAGAGACUUUAUAAAAUAGGUGUCCUUAUGCUAUCCUUUUAAAUGGCACAAAUGUUCUCUCGGAGCACAAAAAUACAACAAACCUUAAUAUUUUUAUACAAUAUUAUUUAAACAGACGCUUACAGUUUUAAUGAAUUUUUUUUCCUGAAGCUCUAAUAAACAGUGUAUAUUUAUGUGGCCACACAUUAACAGGUCACAUGACCAUGCCAUGUCUGUACGCUAUACUUGUGCGAGGAAGUCGUUAACUUGUCAUUUCUCAGACUCAUCUGUAUUUUAUUAUGAGAGCGAACGCUUGCUGAGACUUAACGCUUAUCAUUAUUGUUAAUUUGUGAAUGAUAAAGACGUACAGAAGGAGUGUUUGUAAAAGGGUCAGAGUUAUGGGCAGAGCACCUUGUAAAGACUGUUGUUUAUUGUUUUUCCGUAAAAAAUUAAUUUGUGAUUGUUGCUUAGAUUAAUUUCACUCGUUGCAUUUUAAAUCGAUACACCAGAGGUGGACAGUAAUGAAGUACAUUUACUUGAGUUCUGUACUUAAGUACCCUUUUUGAGUAUCUGUACUUUACUUGAGUAUUAUUUCUUUUUGGAAACUUCUGACUUUAACUUCACUACAUGUGAAAGACAAAUAUCGUACUUUUCACUCCACUACAUUUCUAUCAAGGUCCUCGUUACUCGUUACUAUGAAGCGGUUUUGAAAGUGGAUGUUUUUUCUUUUCUUUUCUAAAACGUGAUUGGUUUUUCCGCAGGUGACACUGAGAGCCGAUCAGUAAUCACUCGGGUCACGUCACGUCCAUAGACUGGAUAAAAUCAAGUUCAGUGAUUUCUCAGCAGCGUUAUUUAACACGAUCAGUUGAUGGCAGAAUGGAAGGAGGCGGUUCUUCUGGAGAACGCACGCGCUCAUGGCUUUACCUAGAACCCAUGUUUCAGUUUUCUGAAAGGAUUAAAGAUUCGUUUCGUUUUAAAUGUUUGCUGAAAACGAGCCACAUCACGGCCGACAAAAACUCACCGUCCGACCUGCGGAAGCAUAUUGAGGGAUAUAAACGUUUUAUUCCAAGAGAAAGCUUGUAAUGAAGUUGUCUGUGCUUUUAGAGCUAGCGAUAACGUUGCAAUAGCUAUGCAGUCUGGUUAGUCAAAUGACUUUCUAUAGAUUUUCCCGCCAAGUUGCCAUCGCCUUGUCCACGGCUAACGUUAACACAUAGCUAGUUAACUUGGACAGUGUUAGUUAGCAUGUAAACACGGAGUUACGCUAACAUGAAUAACGUUAACUUAUCUGAAGUCCUUUCAGAAAUAUAUUUUAGCACAAUCUUGCCAAAUAAACAGAAUGUAGAAAUCUUUCUUUUCUAGUAGCGUUAGCUACACAAUAUGAUUUCGAGUUUGAAAAGAGUUUGCUAGCAUGUCAGGUGUAGCUUCACUGACUAGCCAGCUUAACGUUAAACCACCAUGAUGCACAGCAUGCGUUCAUUUUGUAAAUCCAGUCAGUUGCUUCCGAGGCAUUCGGUUUUGUAAGCGUUGUGGAAAUAAUACAACGAUGCGUUGACAGAAAAUGUACUUUUAAUACUUAAGUAUUUUUAAAAGUAAGUACUUCAAAUUUGACUGGACAACUUUCUGUUGUAUCCGAGUAAUAUUUGACCAGUGGGAUCUGUACUUGGACUUCAGUAAUGAAGUUGGGGACUUGGUCCAUCUCUGCGAUACGCUGAUCCCGUCUCGUCCCGUUGUUACACCUCUGUCACUUGAAUAAUAAAAAUGGAUGUCUGAACCUUCAGUCCGCCUGCUUGGCGCCCUCUAGUGCCCUACAGUGUGUAUUAUUAUUAUUAUUAUUAUUAUCUCAUCUCAUCUCAUUAUCUCUAGCCGCUUUAUCCUGUUCUACAGGGUCGCAGGCGAGCUGGAGCCUAUCCCAGCUGAC